CCUAUUUACCUCUUUCCUUCCCCAAACCCCAAUCCCCAAUCCCCAAUUUCCAGUUCCUAAUUCCUAAUCCAUGGAGUUUUUCACCUUCCUCAAAUCCAUCAAACUCCGGAGCCACCUCCGCAAGUACUUAACCGCCAACGACGACCACGAAACCGUUCGCCAAACCACCAACGCCUCCUCCGACGGAACAAUUUGGGGAAUCGAAUUCGUCGAGGGCAAAACCGAUGCCAUCCGCCUCCGGAGCCGCCAUGGCCACUACCUCUCUGCCACGGACCUCAAUUUUCUACUCGGUGCGACAGGGAGGAAGGUGAUGUUGCAAAAUAAACACGAAAAACUUGCCACCACCGCCGCCUGGAGUGUGGAGUGGGAGCCUGUACGCGACGGCGAUCAGGUGAAAUUGAUGAGUUGGUGCGGCAGUUAUUUGAGAGCGAACGGCGUUACGCCGCCGUGGAGGAACUCUGUUACUCAUGAUGAGCCGCGAUUCUCUUCCACUAAGGGAUGGAUUUUGUGGGAUGUCGAACCGGUUAUUGAAAUUCCUAAGUAUUGUUUGUUGAUGAGUCGAAGGACAUGGUCCAUGUCUAAUUCCGCCCUUUCUUUGACGGAUUCCGAUGAGUUUUCCGUCUCCGGGAAAAGCUCUCCGGCCACGCCCAAACCCGUGCGACGUUUCUCCACGUUCCAGCUCAAAUCUUUCUCCGGCAACAACCUCCGAUCCGACAUGGAUUUCUUCCGCAAAGCCAAGACCGUCCGCCUCCGCAGCCAUCACGACAAGUACCUUGUUGCCGAUGACGAUCAAGACUCCGUCAACCAAGACCGUGCAGGAUCUUCAAAAAAUGCUCGUUGGUCCGUCGAGUUUGCCUCCGGCGCCAACUCUGACUCUAUCAUCCGUCUCAAAAGCUGCUACGGCAAGUACUUGACCGCCAGCAAUCAGCCUUUUUUGCUCGGAAUGACCGGCCGGAAAGUGCUUCAAACUCUUCCUCGACGGCUAGAUUCGUCCGUCGAGUGGGAACCCGUCAGAGAAGGGUCGCAGGUCAAGUUCAAGACCCGAUAUGGGAACUUCUUGAGAGCCAAUGGGGGUUUACCGCCGUGGCGAAAUUCGGUGACCCAUGAUAUUCCGAGUCGAACAGCUACACAAGAUUGGAUUCUAUGGGAUAUCGAUGUUGUUGAGAUUCAAGUGUCUGUGAAUCAUAGAGCUCCCACAAUUGAUCAUCAGGAUUCUCUAGAUUUCAAUCCCAGCUCGCCCCCUUCUACCUCUGGCAAACCGGCUCAUUACUCUAGACUUGAGUCUACUGAUUCGACUGUUAGUUUGCCUCCAAAAUCUGAAGGAAGAACCAUUUACUAUCAUGUGGCUGAUGAAAGUGGAGAUGUAGACGAAGAUACAGUGGAGGGUUCUUCUUUUACAUUCAAAGGAAAUGGGGUGGAGGAAUUGACUCUUAAAUUGAAGGAAGAAACAGGAAUUGAAGGUAUCAUUGUGUGUACUCGCAAUCCAUUGAAUGGGAAUCUUUAUCCCCUUCGCCUGCAACUUCCUCCCAACAAUGCAAUCAUGCAUGUGGUUGCUGUUCCUGAGUCAUCCAAAUUGGGAAAGGACCUUGCAAAACAACGUUUAAUAUGAAAUCUAUAGAGGAGAAUACUGAUACAUUGUGAACAAGAGAUUGUGGCCAUUACAUUCCUCAGACAAGUCUUAGGUUGGUGCCUGAUGACCCUAGUUCUUAGCCAUUGAGAUUCUUCAUUCAUUGUUCAUUUGGCCACAUUGAAAUAAUUACAACAAAAAGAAGCUUGAAGCCAUUUGUGGAAGACCAUAUAAGUUGAUUUCUGCGUGUGUAAUGUUCAACUAGUUAAUUAGGGAUUUUUAGAAAAUGUGAAUUGACGUAAUUUCUCAUAUUAGUAAUUGCAGCCAAAUUUAGGAAGCUUUUUGUAUCAUUGAUAUUCAUAGAAAAAAUUGCAACUUCUCGAAUUGCUAUAUGAUGGGAUAAGACUCUUGAAGCC